AUGACAACUGAAGGGGAUAUCUAUGAGCAUGCAGUUGUUUUAAGUGUGAAGAUUGAGGAUCAGGAUGCCUUUGAUAAUUUCAAUUUGCAGGGGAUAAUUUCAAUUUCCAUUUUCAAUUUUGUGAACGUCGAGAGGUGUUUCAAGAUCGAGGAUCUCAUUAUCUGUUGGUCAUGGGGCCUUUUAUUUGUGGGCAGAAUGCCAUUGAUAGAUGAAAUAGCUGGAUGCUGCAAAAAGGCCUACGAUUCACUUUCAAUUAAUGAUGCCCGGAAAAUAUUGUUGUUCUUUUCCGACAAAGAACUUUUUGAAUAUGUCAAAGAGGAACAUCCUGAGUGCGAGAUAAAGAACGGGUUUGUGAUUUUCCAAAAGGCAAAAGAAUCUGCACCUCGCAAGGAGAUACCAUCUCUGCAACUCAUCAAUCAGACACUCAGUUAUGCAAGGGAGUUGGAGAGAAUAGUGUGA